AUGGAAGCAACUGUGGAGAUCGAGGAAGUGCCCACUAAGUCAAUGGCCAAGGGUGCAGAGACUCUUUUGGCGAAGCACCUUCAUGGAAAGAAACAAGAGUGGGAUGCCAUUACGGCGCAGAAAGAACCGUUGCGCCUGCUCGAUUUGCCCGUCGAUAUCCUACAAGCUAUUCUUCGAGAGCUGACGCACACUAACGACCUGACGUCCCUCGCUUUGACCCAUUCCGCUCUGCAUGCGUUGGUCAUCCCUCAUAUCUAUGCCCGCUUCGAUAUUGUCUGGCCGGAUGCAAAUGCCACAUUCGAGAACCGCAUGGGCGUGGAUGCUCUUACCUACGGGUUGGCAACUCUAGUCAUGGCUCAGGACGUUUUUGGAGAGGCCCCGUAUCAACAGCAAACUCAACAUCAAUGUCAGAACUGCGGUCACCAAAAUCAGGUCGCGCAGACAACCAUGGACAAGCCAAAAAAGAUUCGGCGUGGCAAUCACUUUGCUCAGUACACUCGAAAAUUCAGUCUGGGGAAUGGGCCUGCCGAGUGGGUUCAGGAAUACCUCAUCACGAAAGAGGGGGGGAAGAUGUUGGGGACUUUGGUCGCACUAGCAGUCGGCAGGAUGCGAAAUCUCGAGGCUUUCAUCUGGGACAUGCCCACAGGUGUUCUUCGAGAUGUCUGGAUGGCUCUGGCUUCCCUCGGCAACCGCGACGAUGGACAAGAAUGUCGUCUCGAACGAGUUUGGGUUCGCUGGCAUGACAAUCAAGACCAGGGGCCUUUGGCUUCUCCUCCGCCACCAGGAUCGAUACCAGGGCCGCAGGCUUCUAACUUGCCCUCCAUUCUGGCGGGAUCGGCCAACUCUCUUUUUCAGAUUCCUCCAUAUCCUCGAGUUGAGUUCCCAACAUUUUCGAUUCUGCCGCCUCUCAGGAGCCUCAGUGUUCUCGACAUUGACGAACUACCCUAUGCAGAGGAGAUGAGCGUUCUCAUCGAGAGGUCAUUGGGCAGACUCCAAGAGCUCCGCGUAGGCAUAGCUUCGCACGCCCAAUUCGACCAAUGGGCGAGGCCCUCAGAAGAUCGAACUUCUAUUCUGCCUCCUAUGCCUGGCAUGGCUGACCAGACUCCGCGGCCAGGAGGCAUCCUCGGAAUCCUAGUGCAUCGAUUUUGUGACGCCUUCUCUCACUAUGCACAGAAUCAAUCGCCCUCGGCCCUGGACUCGCAACAGGAUCCAGCCCAAAAUGCUGUGGUUGUGGAUACGUCUCGAGAACAAGAGAGAGAGGAAGAUUCCGAAGGCCUCGUCAGUACUUCGGAGAUGAACCAGUUGGGUGCCCUGCUGUCCGCUCAUGGUAUCCAGGAUGACCACUCCGAUAUGGUUUCUGCAUCAGCGACGAAGCAACGAUCGUUAGAAGAGCCCGAUCCCGUUCCGGACUCCAACCAGAUACACAGCGCCACCGACGCAUUUCAAGACUCUCAGAAGGAAGGUCGGCCGGCGCGAAAAUUGCAGCUGGAAACGCUCGAACUGGAACGGGUCUGCUUGUCAAUAGCGGUGCUCUCAAAAGCAGUCGACUGGUCACGACUGACUACCUUGACUCUUCUAGGUUGUCGAAACCACGAUCAACUAUGGAAAGCGCUUCGAAAACGCUUUACUCCAACAAGCCGGAGGAGAGUGUCAGCAACUCCUUUCCGGAUUUCAGCAAAUGGGAUGUCGAGCAUUUUGCUUCGGUCACAGACGAGCACGCCCUCAGCUCCUGCACUCGCGUCGUCCGAUUAUCCCCUGAAAUUGAGGCGAUUACACACUGACAUGGUGUCCCCAUCGUUGAUUGCGUUCAUCAAAGACACUCUUGCACCGGACAGCCUUGAAUGGCUUUUCCUUCAAGAGAACACGACUUACAAGUCGCCGGUGUCUAUCGACAUGAUUUAUAAAAACGCCAUCAGACGGCAUCGUUCUAGCCUAACCAAGCUUCUCAUUGACAGCACACUCAGAACCGAAGAUCCAGAUCGCCCUAAUACCAACUGGAGGAGAUGGGUGUGCAACCGCGAGCUCAUAACUUGCAUCACCAGCGGCAAAAUGAAAUUGCGAGAGCUGAGCAUGUCAAUUGAUUACAAGGACUGGCACUAUUUCCUCAGGCGUCUGCCAAGCGCAACGACUCUGCGAUCUUUGCACAUCUCGCAUAUUGCCGAACACGUCAAUGGCACGGUCCAUUCUCGAGAAGCAGCAUUGCAAGUUCUCGACAUCGUUGCCCUGAGACCAGAGCUUGAAUUGUGCUAUCUCGGCAUCCAGAGCCAGUGCUUUGAGAUUUUGGAGUAUGCGAGUACUCGAAAGGGGUCCAACUCAGGAGCGAGCAGUGGGGAUCAUUCUGGAGACGAUGUUGGACCAGAUGGUGACACGGCGGCAAAUCCCAGUCAACCACAGACUCACCACGACCACGACUCUCACGACGAGGAAGCAGGUGACAAUGGCGAAGGUGGAGGUCCGAAUGACGACAGCGACUUUGACGCCAUUUCAGACGAUGGGAAUGACACGACGGACGACGACGACGGGAUGGGAGAGGGAGGAGAAGCCGGUGGUUCUGGGGGGCUGAAACCGACAUGGAGGUUGAGAGAGAUCCUAUUCUAUGAUGACAAGAUUUCGAUCUUCAAGGCAAGGCAUGGACGGUUAUAA